AUGUCUUCUGUUGUGGCAAUCCGUCAUCAUCGCCACGAUCCUUAUGGAACGUUAGUUUUGCUUUAUUGUUUUUUUAAGGACGAAACACAAAUCGGGGAUAUCAUGCGCCUUAUAACCAAAGAUCUCAGUGAACCUUAUUCUAUAUACACAUACAGGUAUUUUAUUCACAACUGGCCGGAGCUCUGCGUUUUGGCCUACGAUACGACCGCAGAUUGUUAUGUUGGUGCAGUUGUUUGUAAGCUGGACAGAAAUGCCGAAGGACGACGAAAGGGAUAUUUAGCUAUGUAUUAUCUUAAUGGUGUUGACGCAUUUCGGCUGAAAUUGUACUUCUCUCCACCCAUGGUACCUACGUUGAAAUCUUCUCUUGUCUGA